UGCUGAUUGCUGCUUUCGUCGUAUCUCAUUUCGAUUCCACCCGCGAGUCAGCAGAAUUUCACUUUGAAUGAUCUAGAUUCGCGAGGGAACGUAAGAUUUCACCAAUAAAUCAAGAAAGUAGAAAUCAGCACAUUGGCGUAGGUUACCAGGCAGUAAGCAACAAUGACGUCCAAACUGGAGAUCAACAUUCGCAGCUUGAUUGCCCAGUGUGAGGAACUUGCAUCGGUUGAUAAUCAGGACUGGAGAUUAAAGAAGUACAUCAAAUCGUUGGAUACGAUGAUUUCGGAGUUAGAGGAACAAUUUGAUAAACCGGAAGAGAAGCUAAUUACAGAGUAUCGCAACCGAUGUGCUGAGUUGAAGAAGCUUUCCAAUUACGUUGAACCAUCGCCGAAUCUGGAACAGAAGCGACUGAAGUCGAAAUUGAAAGCGUCGGGAGACAGCGGUGAGGACGUGAUGCGUGAAAUUCGUCAGAUUCACGAUCAAAAGUUUCAGAAAGAACUGCGUAGCGAACUUUUCAAUGGCAAUUUCAAUUCCACUAUUCGACGACGUGCCGGUCAGAAAGUGGCCGAAAACCUAGAGCAAACGGUCAAGCAAUACUCGGAUGUGCAGGAAAAAAUUGCAGAGGAUAUGCUACUGCUGACUAGGAACCUAAAAGAGCAAACUGAAACUGCCAACAAGAUUAUUAAGAAAGACACUGAGAAUGUAAGCAAAUCAGCCAAGUUAACGGAUCAAAACAUGUCUUCACUUUCUUCGGAGUCAACGAAGCUGCAAGAGAGCUCUAAGAAAGCCUGGAAGUGCUGGAUGUGGCUUAUGAUAGGGCUUGUGAUGAUGAUUUUCAUAUUUAUGGUGUUAUUCAUGAAGAUCAUGAAGAAGAAAACAUACUAGAUGCAAACCAGUUAGCUUGCCUUGACGUGCUUGGACGGAUACCGGUAUCUAGGUACAGAAAAAAUGUACGAAUAUUCCACAGUCCCCUCCCCCCCUAAUUUAUGAUAUCUUCUUUUUUAUUGCAUUUUUUUUGUUAUUUUUAAUUUUUAACUCAAAAGAAUAUGAAUAAAUUUUACAGUAUUUGAAAAAAGCAGUUCUUGUCGAUGCUUAACAAUGUUUAUUCCUAUUGCAGAAUGUAGAAAAGAAAUCAGUGCAUCUAUCCUAAUAACAAAAA